GAGUCGACUUAAUUCGGGGGGAUAAAUUCCAAGUUCCCAACCGUCAUCCGGACCGAGUUAUUCCGGCUCCUCUUAUCCCAGUUAUCCUACCGCUCGGAAGUUGGACCUCCGUGUUCGAGGCGACAGAAAGCUUUCCUCUCGAAGAGAGAAAGAAGGCCCUCAAGCCCUAAUUCUACGUUCCCCAAUACCUCUUCUCGAUUGCCCUCUCACCGCCCAUGUCCUCCUCGAUGCUCAACAGCAUCUCCAUAUCCGUCUCCGACGACGACGAGGUCGCCGGCCGAAUGCGGGUCCGGGCCCGCCAGAAGCGCAAGAAGCCCCGCUUCCGUGGGCGGCGCGAGCUCUGCCAGAGAAUCGUGAGGAAGGCGAUACGGUGGUGGACGGUGCUCCUCUUCCUCCCGGCAAUAGCGCUGCUCCUCGUCGAGAGCUCGAAACUGGCGAGGAAACCCCAGGCGGAGCCCAAAUCGGAACCCGUCUCAAUAAAGGAGUCGACUCGGAAACUAACCCGCCUCAACCCCACCACCAGACUCGUCAAUGGCAUUAGAGAGCCUUGCCUGAAGAUCCUCAGUCCUGAAAAAAUUCGGACACUGGAGUUCCCUGCUAGUGCAGAAGACAAUGUUCCCAUUAAGAGAGUUGUAUAUAAAUCAGAUUCAGGAGAACACCACAUUGCAGGCAAUGCCAUGCUUUUGCCCCAAUAUGCUGGAGCCACAAGAUUUAAUUUAUUCACUGGAAAUCAAACACUCAAUGAGAGAGAACAAAGUUUCAAGGUGAAUGAAACUACUGUAGUGCAUUGUGGUUUCUACAGUGAAAAUGGAGGGUUUAAGAUCUCUGAUGAUGACAAAAGUUACAUGCGAACCUGCAAAGCUGUUGUAUCUACAUGUGCAUUUGGUGGCGGGGAUGAUCUCUACCAACCUAUUGGGAUGACGGAGGCAUCACUUGAAAAGGUUUGCUAUGUGGCAUUUUGGGAUGAAAUCACUCACUCAGCUCAGGAAGCAGAAGGAAAAGUAAUUGGUGAUGAUCAUGUGAUUGGUAAAUGGCGUAUUGUGGUUGUUAGGGAUCUUCCUUUUGCUGAUCAACGGUUGAAUGGAAAAAUCCCAAAGAUGUUGAGCCAUCGUCUUUUUCCUGAAGCAAGGUAUUCGAUUUGGGUAGACUCAAAGUCUCAAUUUCGAAGAGAUCCAUUAGGUGUUCUGGAAGCACUACUUUGGCGUACAAAUUCCGUCCUUGCCAUAUCUGAGCAUGGAGCACGCAGUAGUCUGUAUGAUGAGGGAAAGGCCAUUGUUAAAAAACACAAAGCAACCCCAGAAGAAGUGGAGGUGCAGUUAAAUCAGUACCGGCAAGAUGGUAUUCGUGAUGAUAAAAGAUUCAAUGGGAAGAAAGCUUUAGCUGAAGCUUCUGUGAUUGUGAGGGAGCACACACCAAUGACGAAUCUCUUCAUGUGUCUUUGGUUCAAUGAGGUGGUCCGGUUUACAUCACGUGAUCAGCUAAGUUUUCCCUAUGUUCUCAGAAGAUUAAAGGUGCCAGGCCUUUAUAUGUUUCCUGUAUGCGCCCGCAAAGAUCUUGUGAACAGUAUGGGCCACAAGCGCAAGGUGAAGCCUCUUGUAAGGACUAACUAGCUGAGGAUUCGAGACUGUUCUGCAAUGCAUGUAUCUUAUUCAUUUGCAGGUAGCUGCAUUAAUUAAUAAUGUCUUCUUUUUCAUCCUUUAUUUGGUGCAUGGUUGCUUGGUGUAAGGUUUAAGUUAUUUAUGUAGCCCAUCUUCAGAAUGACCUACCAUCCAGAAGAAUUCUUGCCUUUCUUACCCAAUGCAGAAACAAGGAGUGGUUUUUAAA